AUAAUAUCUUCAAUCUCGUUCUCUCCUCAAAAUGGGAUGCUCGCAGUUGGCCCGUAUAGCCAGACAACAGCUGUUUAUGCGGAGGGUAACAUGGAGCCAUUAUAUGUUCUACAUGGCCAGCUUGGGGGUGUUACACAGGUGCUUUUUUUGAAAGAUGGAAAUUAUUUAUAUACUGGAGGGCGGAAGGAUCCAUACAUAUUAUGUUGGGAUAUUCGGAACACCGUGGACAUUGUUUACAAGUUGUACAGAUCGUGUGAUACUACUAAUCAAAGAGUACAAUUUGAUACUGAGCCCUGUGGCAAGCACCUUGCCACUGGUGGGCAGGUGAUGAGAACUGCUGCUCUGUCUGGAAGUUUUCUUGCUCACAAGAAUCUUGAAACAACAUCAAACCCUGAGCUGUGGUGGGAGUGGGACAGGUGA